AACCUUUUGGGUUUUAAGCCUUUUGAAAAAAUAUAAAGGCUGUAUAAUACAGCUCCUUCUGUAGAUUUCCAAGGACAUUUCUUCUCCUUCUUUACAAAUUUCUAAUUUUAAUCAGAUUGUGUGGGAAUCACAACCCCAAGUUGGAAGCUCAAAGAAUUCCCUGCUCAAUUGACAAUUUAUCUGGGUGAACUCAAGGUGGAAGCUCAAAGAAUCCCCUGCUUAAUCUCAAUGGUGUAAUGUCCAAUGCAAAGCUUUUGAGUUUGGGUAAAAUUUGAAUAUGGGAGCUCUGAAUUUUUUAUGGGACACUGCGAAGAAGUCUUUUACUGCUGGAUUGAUUACGCUCACUGUUUCAGACCGAUAUGCUAGUAUUGCCCCUAUACGAGGUCUUUCAAUGCAUCCUACGUUCAACCCUAACAAGAGUACUUUUAUGGGAUCACCAGUGGAUGAUCGUGUGCUGAUCGAAAAAUUUUGUCUAGAGAAGUACAAAGUUUCACAUGGUGAUGUGAUUGUUUUUCGGUCUCCAAUCAACUACAAGGAGAAACACAUAAAAAGAGUAAUUGCUUUGCCUGGUGAUUGGAUACAAAUCCUCAAUUCAUACGAUACAAUAAGGAUUCCUGAUGGACAUUGUUGGGUUGAGGGGGAUAAUUCUGCCUCAACUUUGGACUCGAGAUCAUUUGGCCCGAUUCCAUUAGGUUUAGUUCAAGGAAGGGCGACGCAUAUUGUUUGGCCUCCUCAAAGAGUUGGUAAAGUGGAGCAGAAAAUGCCGGAAGGGAGACUACGACCAUACUGAUUCUUUUCAUUUUUGUUCAAAUUCUUGUCCGACCUAAUUUGUAAAGAGUUGGUAAAAUAGACCAGCUUGAGUGCCAAGAUGCACAAAAACCUACCUUUGACAUACUGUCAGAUAUAACCAGAGAUGACUAUGGCUAUGGGAGUAAAAUUUUUGAAUAGCUAACUUGUUUUAUUUUUUUCUUGUAAGAGAGCAAGUCAAAGAAAUACUUUAUGA